CGUUAAAAGGUUCAGAGUCAUUUCUCAUCUGCAACUCAAACGAAAUCACCGUAAUACAACAAACAUCAGAAGCAGCCGCAGAAUUAUUAAAACCAUGGACGACACAGAAGUAUGUACAUCGUGGAACGGCAUUGAUUCCGGGGAGGAAAUCGUUAUUUCUGGUAUUGCUGGUAGAUUUCCUGACUCAGAUAACGUGAAUCAAUUACGAGAAAAUUUAUUCAAUAAAAUUGAUCUUGUUCGAGCCGAUCACGGCCGAUGGGAAAUAGAGCAUCCGGACCUACCAAAUCGUAUGGGAACAAUUAGAAAUAUGGAAAAAUUUGAUGCAGAUUUCUUUGGAUUAUCUUUCCAUCAGGCACACGUACUCUCGCCCGAGGCGAGAAUGUUAUUGGAACAUUCUUAUGAAUCAAUUAUCGAUGCGGGGAUCAAUCCAAAGCGAUUAAGAGGAAAAGAUACUGCUGUAAUUAUAGGGACGUCUUUUAUAGAAUCGCAAGAGAAAUUUAAUGAGUGCGGAAUAUCGAAACUUUGCUUGGAUUAUAUUGAAGCGCAUGGUACCGCUACGAAAGCUGGCGAUCCUCCGGAAAUUAAUGCUAUCUACAAUGUUUUGUGUAAAAAUAGAGAGAAUCCAUUAUUUAUCGGCUCUGUAAAAUCCAAUCUUGGUCAUGCUGAACCUGCUAGCGGUUUAGCGCAAAUCGCUAAGAUAGUUAUAGCAUUCGAAACCGGUUUUGUUCCACCAAAUAUCAAUUAUACAUCACCACGAGAUGAUAUAGAUGCAUUGAAAAAUGGAGCUGUAUGUGUUGUCAAAGAACCAAUGGCACUUAAAAAUGGCUAUAUAGGUAUCAAUUCUUUUGGUUUUGGGGGAGGUCGAAAUUUAUUAAAAUUUCAAGUUUUCGCAAAUACGAUAAGAAUAUGUGACGAUAUUUUAAAACCAUAUAAUAUAAAUGUCACAGACAUUUUGACAAAUACAAAAAUAGAAAUGUGUGAAAACGCAUUAUAUGCGUUUGUUGGUAUCGUCGCUAUUCAGAUCGGUUUAGUAGAUUUUCUGACAUCCUUAAAAAUUACUCCGGAUUACGUGAUUAGUCAUUCUGCUGGUGAACUGGGUUGCGCGUACGCGGAUGGAUGUCUCACCAUUGAACAAACUAUUUUAUCAGCUUAUUUUAUUGGUUUGACGUGUGCCAAAGGAAAAUUAAUUCAUAGCUCUAUGGCAAUUAUCAAUUUUGGUUACGAGUGCCUUAAAAAUAUAUGUCCAAUAGAUAUUGAAAUAGUAUGCCGCAAUAGCGAGAACAGCAGCGUUGUUAGUGGGCCCACAGAAUCCAUGCAAGAAUUUAUGAAAAAAUUACAGGUUAAUAAUAUUUAUGUGAAAGAGAUUCAUUGUAACAUGCCGUAUCAUAGUUCUCGUCUCGCAUCAGUGGAACCUCAGCUUUUGUUUAAUUUGAACAAAAUAAUACCACGGCCAAAAAAGCGGAGUCCAAAGUGGAUCAGCACUUCUAUACCUCGUGCCGAAUGGCACACAUUAGAAUCCAAAUUAUCAUCGGCGGACUAUCAUACACGUAGUAUACUAAACACUGUUCUUUUUGAACAAGCAAGUCAUUUAAUUCCAUGUAAUGCUAUAACCAUUGAAAUCGCAUCAGACGGCAGUCUGCAACAAGUUAUAAGAGAAUCCUUGCAUUCAGAAGUGACCAACAUUAUACUAACUCGACACAUUGAACAAAACACUCAUACAAUUUUACAAGGAAUUGGAAAGCUCUACAAUUGUGGCUUGCAGCCACAAAUUGCUGAUUUAUAUCCGCCAGUGAAAUUUCCAGUUAGUCGAGGAACUCCUAUGAUUUCUCCAUUGAUAAGAUGGGAUCAUUCCGAAGAUUGGUAUAUACCAAGUUAUAAAACACAAAAGUCUAUGAAAUCUAGAGAAAGAUACGUUGAAAUCUUACUCAAUGAUGAGGAUUAUGAUUAUAUGGACGGUCAUGUAAUUGACGGAAGAAAUUUGUUACCCGCGAUGGGUUAUCUUGCAAUCGUUUGGCAAACUAUAGGGAUGAUAAAGGGGCAAAUGUAUACAACAAUUCCGAUAAUAUUCCGAGACGUAAAAUUUAUUCGUGCUACUUAUUUAUCGAGAAAUGAUGCUGUAAAGUUGGCGAUUGCGAUUCAGAAAGAUGGGAAGUUUGAAAUAACUGAAGGAGAUAGCGUUGUUGUGACAGGUAUGGUGUAUGAGACAUCGAAUCCAGAACAGGAAAUGAUUUCAAUAGACUCAUUACCAGAGGACAAUAAUGAAGAAGAACAUAUGACUACUCGAGAUAUCUACAAGGAAUUAAAACUGCGCGGUUACCAGUAUAGCGGAUGGUUUCGUGGAUUAAAAAGUGCAUCUCUUUCAGGCAGCAAAGGACACAUCAUUUGGAAAAAUAAUUGGGUAACAUUUAUGGAUAACAUGUUACAAAUGCAUAUUAUCGGUUGCGAUACAAGGGAUUUGUAUGUUCCCACGAGUAUCCAAAAAUUGGUAAUUAAUCCCAAGCUUCACGCAUUGAAGCUACGAAAUGAGGCCAACAUCCUAGAAGCUACAACAGACAAACAAUUACAAAUACGAGUAUACAAAAAACUAGACACCAUUAGAGCUGGUGGAAUAGAAAUUCGAGGCCUUAAAGCCUCUCAGAUCUCUCGCCGAAAACUAGCACAAGAUGUUAUUAUCGAGAAACACAUAUUUGUAGCUCAUUGUGAUCGCGCUAAAGUUUCUUUAAAUGAAGCAAUUCGAAUAUCAGCGCAACUCGCACUGGAAGAUCAUCAAGUUAUCAAAGUAAAAGUCAUCGAACUAGUGGAAGAUAUCGAUGAUGUUGAAUUAGAAUACCUCUCAUCUUCGUUACUAGUUGAGGCUUUUAAUGAUAUGCCAUUGAUACAAGCGAAUCUCACUCUACUAACAUCGCCGAAUCGUUUCAAUUCACUAGACGUAUCACAAAACAUUUCAAUCGUAGAUUUAAACAAAGUAUCUAUAGACGACAAAGCUUUAAUUGUUGCCGGAUUUAAUCUUCUUACCAAACAACAAACCUCCUUAGAGAAACUGAUGCCAUUUUUGAGAGAAGGUAGUUAUCUGUUGACGCGUGAAAAAUGCGACGUAAUUGACUACAAGAAAUAUUUGCAGCAAUAUGAUUUAAAUGUUAUUCUCGAAAAGCGCACUGAUAAAGAAAUGGUUGUGCUUCUAAAGAAGAAAGUUUUGAUAGAAAAAAGAAUUGUUGUUUAUGUAAAUAAUGACAACUUUAAUUGGCUAGAGGAUCUAAAGUCGCUUUUGAGUGAUGAAAACAAAAAGUUCGACGAGAAAAAUAGAAUUAUAAUUGUGGGAGAAGGAGAUUUUGAGUGCGGUUUGUUGGGUUUUGUUAAUUGCUUAAGAAAAGAGCCAGGCGGAGAACUUGUGAGAAGUGUGCUUAUUCAGGAUAAAGAGGCGCCUAAAUUUUCUCUGCAAAACCCAUUCUAUGUACAACAAUUGCAAAAAGAUAUGACCAUUAAUGUACUGCGAUCUAAUGAAAUCUGGGGGUCGUACAGACAUUUACGAUUACCGCAACCAGAAGCCGAACUUGUACCGACCGCUCAUGUCUGCCAAACGGUUCGUGGCGAUUUAAGCACAUUCUGUUGGAUAGAAAACGAUCGAUCUGUCGAAUCUAGUCAUGAAGAUUUAGUAUAUGUGGUUUAUUCACCACUGAAUUUCAAAGAUGUAAUGCUUGCGACUAGCCGAUUCGUAUUAAAUCGAGGGAUUUCGCAUGGGCGGUUGUUUGAAUAUAUACCAUUAGGAAUGGAAUACGUGGGAUUUGAUGCCAGCGGCCAACGUGUAAUGGGACUUCUGACUGGGCUAUAUGUAUUGUGUUCAAUGUAUCCGUGCCAUCACAUUCCUGUCGACACAGUAUUGUUGACAAAAGUGUUGUUAGAAACAAUGGGUGACAUAUUUGAUAACGAGUGUAGUUCGUCUUCGGAGAACGAACUAGAAAACAUAACGAAGUGCGCUAAAUUAGCCAAACUGAUUCCACAAAAAUCUAAAAAAUAUUACAAUCAAGCAUAUCAAGCUUAUCAAACUUGGUUAAAAUCAAAAAAUAAAAUCAACACCGAUGAAAACGUGUUACUAGCUUAUAUGGCCAUUUUAGCCACUAAAAAUAAGCCAUCUACCUUGUGGUCAACAUAUUCCAAGUUAAAAACAAUGUUAAAGUUAAAUGAUGGAAUAGACAUAACCUCAUUUACAGCACUCACCCAAUUUUUAAAAUCGAAAAACAAAGGCUAUAAACCUAAAAAAUCAAGUGUUUUUACAAAUGAGCAAGUUAAAAAAUUUCUAAUGGAAGCUCCAAAUAACGAAUUUUUAGCUGCUAAGGUAAUCAUGAUUUUUGGUGUAUAUGGUGCCCUGCGCUGCCAAGAAAUAACGAAUAUAGAAACCACUGAUAUAAAAGAACAUGGUCAGAUGUUUCUUGUAUCAAUACAUGAGACAAAAACAAAAGUUAUGGGCAAAAAUUUAAUUGCUAAAAUACCACAGAGAGUAGCAGAGUAUUUAGAACUCCCCAAUCCUAAAACUUAUACAGGACAUGCUUUUCGCAGAACCUCAGCUACCCUACUAGUUGACGCUGGAGCUGAUAUGUUAACUCUAAAACGCCAUGGAGUUUGGAAGAGCAACUCAACACUUAGUAAAAACAUUUGGAUGUAG